CUUUCUUUCCACUCAUCAAGCAACUUCCUCCCCAGUUGUCACACAAAUGCAAAUCACCUUCGUCUCUUUUUCUUCAACCCCCUCAUAUAAAAACACCAUCCCUUCUCUUUUUCUUAAGCCACAAUCACGCUUUCUAAUUUCUCUAGCAGAUAUGGCUCUUGAGCCUCUGAAUUCCCCAUCUUCUCUGUUGUAUAAUGAUUUAGACCUCCAUUUCCUUGAUCCUUGGGCUAAGAGAAAACGAACCAAGUGCUCUCGCUUGGAAAAUUCCCCUACCGAAGAAGAAUACUUAGCUCUCUGCCUUCUCAUGCUUGCCAAAGGCACCACCACCGACAACCCACUACCACCACCACCACCACCACCACCACCGUCACCACCAUCGUUAAAACUCUGCUAUAGGUGCAAAGUUUGCAACAAAGCCUUCCCAACUUAUCAAGCUCUGGGUGGGCACAAGGGUAGUCAUCGUAAACUUGUAGGAGUAGUAGUUGACGACCACUCUUCCAUUCUUUCCCCUAUAGUAACUACUACUUCGAAAACUCCCUCUUCUUUCAGUUUAAGUGGCGGGGCUCACGAGUGUUCCAUCUGCCAUAGAACUUUUCCGUCCGGACAAGCUCUGGGCGGACACAAACGGCGCCACUAUGAUGGUGGCAAUAAUAGUGGCGGCGGCAAUAGCAGUGACAGUAACAAUAAAGGAUCAACGGGUGUGAACUCUAGUCUGAUUAGUCAACGUGACUUUGACUUGAACGUUCCUGCCCUAUCGGAAUUUCCAUUGGUUGACGUUGGCCGCAAGCAAAAAAGAAGGAAGAGUCCUGAGAUCCGGCAGCCGCCAUUUACAGUUACUGAGACAGUGAAGAUGCAUGGAAUCUACAUGCGAUCAGAGCUUGAUCAUGGUGAUAAUAAUUAAACUAUAAUUUGCCUGUUUAUCUUAAAUUAAUAUAAUUCAUUUUUAAUAAUUAAAAAAAAAAAAAUCUUCAGUCACCUCAA